AUGACACCUAGCAACACCACAUCGCACCACACCACACAUCACACUAAGGCACACCGCACUACAAACCCCACCCCACGUCACACCCAGGCAAAUCACACCACAAAUCACACUCAGCAACACCACAUCCCACAUCACGCCCAGCCACACCACACCACUCACCAUACCACAUCCCUCAUCACACCCAGCCACACCACACCACUCACCACACCACACCCCUCAUCACACCCAAGCACACUAAACCACAAACCACACUCAGCCAUACCACACGACACAUCAUACUCAUCCACGCUAUACCACACACCACACCACACCACAAAUGACACCCAGCCACAUUACGCCACACACCAUACUUAG